AUGUCCCAGCUCAAGCCUAUUGCCCCCCAGAGCAGUGCCAAUAGUGGCGUCGAGCCCUUCAAAGAUCAUCGCCGCAGAAGAUCGUCGAGUAUCAUCUCGCACGUCGAGCCCGAGUCCUUCGAGGACGAAAACGAUCAACAGAUGUUGCCCAAUAUGAACGCGUCCUGGGUCGACCAGCGUGGCGCGUGGGUCAUCCACGUCGUUCUCAUCGCUCUGCUGAAGCUUUUCUACAAUUUGCUCCCUGGUCUCACCAACGAGUGGUCUUGGACUCUCACCAAUAUCACCUACGUGGUCGGCUCGUACGUCAUGUUCCACCUCGUCAAGGGCACCCCGUUCGAUUUCAACGGCGGCGCCUACGACAAUCUCACCAUGUGGGAGCAAAUCAACGACGGCAUGCUUUACACGCCGACCCGCAAAUUCCUCAUCGGCGUUCCGAUCGCUUUGUUCCUGCUCAGCACCCACUACGCACACUACGACCUCCAACUCUUCGUGCUCAAUUUCUGUUUCACCACUUUCGUCGCUGUCGUGCCCAAGCUCCCGCUCACGCAUCGGCUCCGGAUUACGAUCCCGGGCAUUACCAGUCCGGCUCAGAUCAAAUAG